AUGCCUUGGAUUCUCUUCAGCAACUCGUCCGCCGAAGCACCCAACGAUCCGUCACAAUCCAUGGUCGCUUCGGUGUUCUUAGGCUCGGUCUGUCGUCGAUGGCGGGAGAUCGUCGAAGCAACACCCAGACUCUGGACGUCAAUCGCUAUCAACACCUACCGUUCUGAUAGGCAGGCCACUACUUCCAGUGGUUCCUUCCACCCGGACCAGUUUGAUUUAAAGGCCUUCAGCCUGGGCAAUUUGACUGCAGACGGCGAUCGAUUCAACCAAGACUCGGCCAUGCAGUCUGAAUAUGUGAAAUUGGAGAACGUGUAUGACUGCCCGUGCACUCUCCCCACAUGCCCUGCAUUCAUAGCAAAGACGAGGCUGGCUAACAUGCAACCUCGACAAGCUGUCGUGGCCGCGUCGAGAGAUACUCCUGACUCGAUCUUCUUUGGUUUGGUCGCAGCAGCUACCCUUUGCGACCCGAGAUAUCGUCGGGCAGGUGCUGGAAAGGUCUUUGUCGACCAUCUGGUUUCAGGACUCGGAAGGUCUACGGGAGUGCGGCCACAUUGGGAGUACCUGGUCAUGGGCAUCAUCAACGUCCUCGCCCCAAUUCUUCCUAGCGACGCCGAAAGGCAAGAUGUGGCCAUUUGCCAGUCUAUCUACCCGUUUCACUCCAGAAUAGUAGACACUUUGCUCGCAGAUUUCGACUAUCUCACUCAGAAGGACGAUGUCGGUGAUUCCAGAAGAUUCCUGGUGGCUAAAAUGCUCCUGCUGUUCAUGGAUGACCCAGAGACAAAGCGACACAUGUGCAAAGAGAAAACGCUCCGACUCCUUGUUCAUUGCUGGUUAGAAACCUCCCCUGCGUGCACGAUGAGGAAGACAGCUGCGGGCACGGUACUCGAACUCCUUGUUCGAAAGGAUUCUUGCGGCAAUUCACCACCCCCAGACUACCUAGACAGGCUUUUCAAGGCGGUCCAGGUCCCGAAUUUUGUCUCUCGGAUCAAUUUCUCUCUCAAACACAAGAAUCUUCCUGCGGAGACCCUACAUAAGGAGAUCAGCAUCCUGCGCAAUCUUACCGAAUCCUGGCUCCCAUUCUCACCGAAGCUACUCAAAGGAAGCGUAUCCAAACAAGUCGUUGCAGCUGUCCGGCGUAUUCUAAAGAACGACCCCCAAAUGGACAAGCACAAAACUCUGCCUCGCGUCGAGUUGUUCAUUCAGUAA